CUGAUGAAAUUGAAGACGAGUGUCGUGUCUUUUGAUGCGCAUGUUCCCCCUGGCGUGAAAUGUCUGCAGUACUCUAAGAUGACCAAGAAGAUGUACUCUGUUCACGUGGAUAACUCAGUUGUCAAAUGGGACGCAUCUUUUGCAUUUGUAACUGAAGUGUUCAUACCUCCAAGUGAGGACGAGCUCCUAUGUGCCAUGCUGUACAAUAACGAGAUAAGUGCAGAUAUUACUGAUGAAGAUAAUACAGUCGAUGACACAGUUCUCAUUGGAAGCUCCUCCGGGCGUAUUCAUGUCUGCAAUUUCAAUGAGAUGAAGUUAGUUGAAGUCGAACAGACCUUUGGAGGAGCAGUAAUUGCAUUCAAACAGUGCGUGAAAAACAUGCUAGCAGUUAUCACACAAGACAAGCUCCUUCGCAUAUACACGAUGAAGCAAGAAGAAAACGAUCUUAAUGGAAAUAAACGGCAAUCAAUUUCUCUAACGCUUCUGACGACAGUAAAAGGCAGUAAACAGAGUCCUGAGGCUCUGUGUUGUAUUGAUAGUAUAAACAAGUGUAUUGUUGUGGGGUCUGUGAAUGUCCUGGUGAUGGUGACUUGGAAAAAAUUGUCUCAGAUUUCAAACAAUGAAUGCAGUAUUGAUUUCUUCACUGUGCCGAAGGAUGUUGCAUCUUCUAAGACGCCAAAAUCAAGUCGGCAAGGAUCUAUAUACAAUCAAGGAGGUCACGCCGACGUCUCAAUUAGAUCAAUUUUACUCCUAGACGAAGUAACAUGCGUGACAGGCGACAACGUUGGACGAUUAAUGUGGUGGGACCUAAGCACUGGAACUGUAAUGCAAACUAUCAAAUCACACCAAGCAUCUGUGACGUCAUUGGUUUCAGACAGAACUGGUCGAAUUUUGGCAUCUGGAGUGGAUCCCUACAUUGUAACACUCAGACUUACCGAGGAUGAAAUUUGGGCCCAAUCGGAGAUUCUAAAAUCUGUCCAAUCAGAAGUGACAUCUAUGAUUUCUGUUCCGAAUAGGGAAGAUGUGGAUCUAAAUAGUUUGGUCAUUGGAACCAAAGCACCAUAUGUGUACGUCUGGAACUUUCACCCGGACAGAUGUGAUAGUUUUGUAACUUUUACACCUCAUUAUAACGGAAAGGUGGCAAAUAGUGAAAGAAAGGUUCUGAUUUCGAAGCCGAACUCAGUUUUCCUUCAUAGUCUGGGCGAUGUUUCUGACGACUCUUCAGAAAAACCGGGAAUACCUUUGAAACUCGAAAGUGCUUGCGAGAAAUUAAUUGAACUUACCUUACCGGAAGGCCAUGUUUUGAUUAGUAGUGACAUUUCAAAUGAUGCGAAGUGGCUUUGUUAUGCUUCCUGUAAAUCAGGUGUCUAUUUUCUGAAACUUUUCCAAAUUGCUAACUCGAAAGAUCUUCAAAAUGUACCACUGAAAACACGCUUCUCAACACCGGUGAAAUCUUUAAUGUUUGCCAGAGGCAAUACAAGUUUGACAUGUGUGUUUUCAAAUGGUUCAGUACUUAACUACAACCUCAAAGAAGGAGGUCAGCCCGAAAGAGUUCAGCUUAAGUGUCAAAAUGUUAUCAGAUGUGAAUAUUCGUUCGUUCAUGAUAUUUUUGCUGUAAUUUGUGGUCAGAAAGAGAUCCGAAUAUUCAGCGCAAGAAAUUUUGAACUGAUUUGCGAGUUACCCGUUAGAGAUGCUUUCCCGGCCGCUGUCACGUUUGCUAAUGAUGAUAAUCAGACUUCAUUAUUCGUGCAAUAUUCGGAUUUCAUGCAUUUUGAGUUCGAUUUCCAGGAAAAGCGGUACAAAAAGUGGUGUAAGAAAGUUCAAGCCACGGAGUUGAAGCAAAUGGUCUCUCCCUCCAUUGGAAGUACAAUAUUGACAUUUGAAGACAGUUCACUGAAAGUUAUUUCAACGUCUCAGAGUAAAUUAAAUGUGAUUACCCCGAACAAUUUGAAACGUAGCAAAGAUGAUGACGAUUUGAAAAAGUCGAAUAAGUGGAUACAGUCUCUUAACAAUUUCAAGGUCAUCAGAAACUGUUGUAAAUUGAGUGAGAAUGAAAUUGUGUUGUUUGUCUUGCCUGUGAGUGAAAUCAACAACGUUUUGCCUGCGGGUUUCACUCGAAAGGCUUUUGGAACUUGAAUUCAAAAAGAUCUUCUAGUA